AUGAGCGAGACAGAGAUGAAGGUCGAUCCAGCCCGAGCAUCCGCUCUCAUUUCACAGAUACAGGGCGUCAAUGAACGGAUAGCUGCGGUCGCGAAGGGCCGGGCCGUCCGCCUCGUCGCAGUCUCAAAGCUCAAGCCCGUCAACGACAUCUUAGCUCUCCAUCGGGCACCGGUCAACCAACUCCAUUUUGGCGAGAAUUACUCCCAGGAGCUAGCCCAGAAGGCCGAGUUGCUACCCCGGACCAUUCAGUGGCACUUUAUCGGCGGUCUCCAGUCUGGCCGCUGCAAGGAAAUCGCUCGCAUCCCCAACGUCUGGUGCGUAUCAAGCGUCGACAGCCUCAAAAAGGCCCAGCUGCUGGACAAGCACCGCGGGGAGCAGAUCCAGACAGACCCCAGCGUUCAGAAACUCAACAUCCACGUCCAGGUCAACACAUCUGGUGAAGAAAAUAAGUCCGGAUGUGCACCGGGCGCCGACGUCGUCUCGCUCUGCCGUGCCAUUGUGAAUGACUGCCCUAGCCUACACCUGCUCGGGCUCAUGACCAUUGGGGCCAUCGCGCGGAGCGUGGCUACCACGGCGGAGACAGAGAACGAGGACUUCAAGGUGCUAGCCGGACAGCGGGACCUAGUAGUCAAGGAGCUCGGAUUGCAGCGCGAGCUAGAACUGAGCAUGGGCAUGAGCGAGGACUUCGAAGGCGCUGUGGCCAUGGGCAGCGGCGAGGUCCGCGUCGGCAGCACCAUCUUUGGGCAGCGGCCGGCCAAGGCAGAGGCCAAGAUUUUGGAUUAG